UGGAGCUUGCUGGUUGAUCGGGAUUCUUUCCUCUCUGUCUUACGAUUGACCCGCUGGGGACUUCGUUCAUUAUCGCGCAGGCGAAGCUCUCACUGCACGGUCGCGCCGGCAUCAUCAUUGACCAUUAUGCUAGGCCUCGCAGCAUACGACAGUAGCAGCGACGAUGAAGUUGAUACGAGGCGCACUCCGUUGCCAAAGCGAGACUUAGAACAUGGUUCUAGUGCAAACCCCAACCCCACCGAAGAUAACGCGCAGUCGACGCCAGAUACCGAACUCGCACCGGUAAUCACCGCAGAUCCAAAUCCUCGGGGGCCAGUUCUCGGUCCAUCCCAUCAAGAGGUUCAGCCCUCGAAUACCCGCUCUUUGGAUGGGCAGUCCUCCCCAUACUCAGCAUCGCGCAACUUGGUUCAUGAUUUAACACUUCCUCCGGUUCCAAGUCUGGAUAUCCCACUAUCACCCCCUGGAUCUCCCAGUCCAACUGCAAAUGCGAAAUUUGCCCACUUUCUGGCAUUGAAGAAACAAGAGGUCCACUUCAAUGAAAAGCUGGCUAGCUCAACCUCGCUAAAGAACCCGAGUUUACUGAAAAAGCUGAUGGACCACGCGGGUCUCAGCGAGGAGAUGCAAUAUCACACUGCGCUGCCCCGGGAUUUGUGGGACAUGGCUAGUCUUCCAAGCUGGGGGUUCAAGGAAGAGCUGUUGAAGGCACAGAAGGAGAUCCACAGCAACUUGGAGGAGCGAAAGCUUCCAGGCAAGAGAGAAACGAUUGAUUUUGUGUCAGCGACCGCUCCUGGCGUCAAGAAAAUAUCAAAACCAAACCCGUGAGAGGAAAGAAGGAUCUAGUAAUUUCUGGGCUCCCAGACUUGACCGGAAGCUGCAG